AUGUUCACGUUUGAACCAAGACUGGUGAUUUUGAUUGCCCCAAAAGCAGCAGAAGUGGACAACCCCCGCUAUGAGCUCCUAUGGAAGGACACCGAACUGUUGAAGGGCCAGGCGUUUUACCUUCCUGGUUCAAUUGACGACGGGGGAGACGUGGUACCUCAACACAACAACGACCCUCCUCCACUAUAUCUAUACGGACGAAAAGACUACUCCGACAAGCACCAUGCUAUUACCAUAGAGCACAAACUGCUUCGGAUAGCAAGUGGGCAUCUGCCACCAAUCACUUUAUAA